AUUAUAUUCAUAUUUCUAAUAAUUAAACUCUUUUUUAAGCAAGGAUGAAAAUUAAAUUAUUCCUUUUUUGUGCAAUAAUUCUUAUCUCUAUUAAUGCAGAAAUUGAGCCAACUAAAAAUGAAAAACAGUCUGGUGCUACAAAAGAAGUAGAUGUAGGAUUGAGACGUGGUGGCGAGCUUAUUGGUGGAUUGAAUUUGGUUGAAUACAGAGGAGCUAGUGCUACAAAAGAAUUCAAAGUAAUUGAUGUAGGCAUGAAUUUGAUUGGAAGUGGAAGAGGUAAUGGUACAGAAAAUGAAGAAACUAAAAAAGAAAGGACUCCUAGAGUAGUCGGUAGACAAAAUAGAGAUCUUCAAAAACGUAAAGGAAGGUGGAUAUUUUGGCCAAAAAAGAAAUAUAAUAGUACCUAUAUCCCAAACAAGGAAGAAGAUGCCGCUAAUAAACCAUGGAAAAAAGAAAAGACUCGUCCACCAAGUGCUAGACUAAACCCGCCGGAACGUAGAAGAUGGUGGAUACCUAGAAAAUGGUGGUAAUUUUAGCGUAAAUCUAUGUCACUUUAUGCUUACUCAAUAAAUAAAAGGAUCAACAUCUUUCACUUGUGUCCACCGCUUAUAUGUAUUCUCAUAUUUAAUGAAAUAAAAUAACAAGUACCACAGUUGCAUGUCAUCUUA